GAAUCCAUGAUUUCAGCUAUCUCAUGUUACUUGCAUGAUGUAUCUGUACCCAUCUGGGGUUUUGCGUCAAGUUGGCGAAUUGAUGGUCUUAAAAACAUCACAAAGGGAUUUUAAUCCGGGUUUGCAGUAUAGGUAGACUUGGGUGUUGGAUGUUUUUUCUUUUGACUUUUUGUUCCUAACCAGGAAAUUUGUCUUGGGUUGUCUGUUAUUUCUUCAGCUGCUUAAUUUUUUGCAACUCAUACAUGUUUUAGUAUUACAAGGUGCAAAUUGCAUGAUUUUUAACUCAUUAGCUACUUAUGUUGUUGGGUUGUUUUAAUCUAAUACCCUGGCUUACUAGGAAUUUAGAAGUACUUAUGUUUUUAGGAAUUUUAGUACUUUGUUUGUUGUUUUUCGCGGUAACCGUACUUGAUUGUUUGCUAAGGAAAAAGAAGACAAUUUUGUUUUCUUUUGUACUUGCCUACCAGAUUGGGAAAAAACAAGUCUGGAUGAAUGAUCUUGAAGCAUUUUGAACUGAAUGCUAGCAAUAUUAGUUCAAGUUGUACUUUCAGCAAUUUCUGAGCAUUGAAUUAUGUCAGCUUUUCACCCCUAACCAUGAACCUGCAGUCCAAAUUUUAUCAUGCUAGUGUUAAAAAUGGGAGAUGCUAUGUUCCAAGCAUGUCAAUAAAAGCUCAGGUGGCUGUUGAGGGGGAUGUACUUGACAAAGAAUCAGAGCCUAUUAAUGAAGGAAGUGAUUAUGGAGUUGUUAGUAUUCACCAUGUUGGAAUUCUAUGUGAAAACCUGGAAAGAUCACUUGACUUCUAUCAAAACGUUUUAGGCCUCGAGAUAAAUGAAGCAAGGCCACAUGAUAAGCUUCCAUACAGAGGUGCUUGGUUGUGGGUAGGCUCCGAGAUGAUUCAUCUGAUGGAGCUUCCAAAUCCUGACCCUUUAACCGGACGACCUCAACAUGGGGGUCGAGAUCGUCAUACAUGUAUCGCGAUCCGGGAUGUUUCCAAGCUGAAAGCGAUCCUUGAUAAAGCUGGUAUUUCCUACACACUUAGCCGUUCUGGAAGACCAGCAAUUUUUACACGCGAUCCUGAUGCAAAUGCUCUGGAGUUUACACAAAUAGAUGACUGAUGAAUUUGGAUAUUACUUGCUAGCUCACCCUUUGGUGUCAAUAAGUCAUCAGAAGGUAGAAAUGAAUGCACAGCAGCACAUAUGAUUGCAUAUAUGUUAAGGCUGAACAGAUUGCAACUAGUAGCAAAGUAGCUUUGCUAUGCAGUGGGCACUAGAAGCAGCAUAGUACUGGCUCAUCUAAGUUUUCUAUGUUCAAACUUAGAAUAUGCUAUUGGCUUAUAGUAAAUCUGUAAUGAUAAAUGGAUCAUGAAUAAUGAGAAAUAGCAUUGAAAUUGACAAGAUUAUGGAAA